UGGCUCCAACCUUCAGUAAGGUUUUCGUUUUACUUUGCUGGCAUGAGACAUUCUCUAACUGCUUCACCUCUUGUAACUAACAGUUUUCAAUAAAAAAACCACACUUGUUUUUUUCCAGACCUGCAGUUAAUUCCAUUAAGCCAAUAGUCUGACACUGCCAUGGAAUUACUCACUGUCCCUUUUAGUUUACAAAGGUGGCGCGAUCCAGGCAGGCGAUUCACUGCCCUUCUGAUCAAACAGUACAUUGCCUGAGACUCAGAAGAUUAUACACUUGUUGUAAUCUAAAUUGGGGCCUGUCAGAGGAUAAUUUAUUAUGGAUUUUGCUAAUCCAUAACAUUUUUAGUUGGGCAAAUAAAAUUGUAAAUGAUAAAUGGUAGGUUUUUAUGUAGUAAUUCCUUCUUAGGGAGCUUUUGACAUGUUGGCUCUCAUGCUUGGGCAUCAGGUGUCACACUGGCAGUAGUUCUGACAGUGUACUCGAGCAGUAUCUGACCUUUUUGAGAUGAAGAGCAGUCAUAGCAUUGCAGGGAGGUCGAAAGGGCCAUAGUUGGUGCUUCCUUGGCAGUGUGUCCUUUUUCACUGGGCUCCCUUGGCACAGGUCAGCCGAGGAAAUGGAGCCUCAAGAAUGCAAGUGACACCCACUCUGUAGCUUAGAUAUUCCAGAUAUACACCAUUUGUGGUACACUGGCAUGUCUCUUAGAUUUUGUCUAGACUAGGAUUUAAUGUGUUUUAUUAACACGUUUCUUAUUGUAAAUAUUAACAUUUAUUUAAUAGAUACUCUGAAAUCUCGGUUAUGCCUAAUGCAUGCUUUAUUUGUGAAGAGAUAGCAGGGGGGUUAUUUUAGUCAGAUAACAUAUAAAGUAACACAUGGAAAGUGAAUCUGGCUUGUCUGCAGUAAGAUUUUUACCAAAGGUAGUUAAUAAAAACAUUAAAAGGUACAUAUUCCUAAGGAAAGUGAAGAGUAAAAGCUUAGUAUAGAAAGGGGACAGAUGUCAGUGUAUUCUAUGCUAAGCAAGUUAUGACCUGAUAGGGAGCUUAGUCUUCAUUUGUGUGUACAUUUUAGCAAGUACUAAACACUUGCCUCUGGGUUUGCAGUGCAAGUUCUGAGUCAUAUGGCCUGAGAUAAAAGUGAUAAGGACUUCAGAAAUUGCAAUUAUUUCCUCCUUCCUAACCUAUCAUUUUGUUUCUGCAGAACGUUUGUGGCUAUCUUUGGUCUCCACAAUGUCUAGUUUGGCACUGUGGCUCCUAUCACAGAUAAAAUGCUUUAUGCUGAGAUGUGGAGCAAGCAAGUCUCCGUCUCCUACUUAAUCUGCAGGAAUGGUGACUUCCAGUGAAGCAAAGAGCCAGGACUGAUAACAUCCUAAACCCCCACAGCCUGCCCUGAUCACUCUGCCUGUCAGACCCCAAAGCUAAAGGCAGUGUGAGCCAUUGAUAAUAAAAUACAGAGACAGAAACUUGCUGUUAACCAUCUGCCUUUAAACAGGACUCAGCAGUGUUUAAGUAGCUAGUUAAUAGGCAAGAUCCUUUUAAUGCAUGCUUUCCAGUUUAAAAAAUUGCCAACUUACCUCAAUAGGUUUGUUCACAGAUGUUCUAAGAGUGAACUUAAAUUGGGGAUAUAAAUUGAAGAGUGGCUUUUAACUGGAGACUUUUUUUUUAACUAACAAAGAGAACCAAGACUCUUUGUCAAUCAUUUGUCUUAUCACAUGUAUUUUCCUGCUUUCAUGUCUCUCAUGGAUCCUUUAGAAUGACACACAGCAUCGUUCUAAGCAUGGCUCUGUGGUUGACCAUGGUCGGGAAACCUGGAAACAUGCUAUUGAGAAAGCCAAGCACAUGCCUGAUCCGUGGGCAGAAUUUCACCUGGAGGAUGUUGAGACGGAACAUGCCACUCGUUACAGGUACAAUGCAGUUACUGGGGACUGGGUUGAAGAUGAAGUCCUUAUCAAGAUGGCUGCACAACCUUUUGGCCGUGGAGCGAUGCGGGAGUGUUUCAGAACGAAAAAGCUGUCCAACUUCUUACACACGCAGAACUGGAAAGGUGCCUAUAACUAUGUUGCCAAGCAAUACAUAGAGAGUGUGAGCAGGGAUGUGUAUUUUGAGGAUGUCCGACUGCAGAUGGAAGCAAAGCUCUGGGGAGAAGAGUACAACCGGCACAAGCCACCAAAACAGGUGGAUAUAGUACAGACCUGUAUUAUUGAAAUGAAGAAUAGACCUGGAAAGCCUCUCUUUCAUUUGGAACAUUACAUCGAGGGCAAAUACAUCAAAUACAACUCCAAUUCUGGAUUUGUGCGGGACGACAACAUCCGUCUCACUCCGCAAGCCUUCAGUCACUUCACCUUUGAGCGCUCAGGACACCAACUCAUUGUCGUUGAUAUCCAGGGAGUUGGAGAUCUUUACACGGACCCUCAGAUCCACACAGAGAAUGGUACAGACUUUGGAGAUGGCAACCUAGGUGUUCGAGGUAUGGCCUUGUUCUUUCAUUCUCAUUUCUGCAACAAGAUCUGCAAGAGCAUGGGACUUGCACCAUUUGAUCUUUCAUCCAAAGAGAAAAAUGCCUUGGAUUAUAAUAAAAAAUUGCUUGAAUCUGCUCAGACCAUCCUCCGUGGCACCGAGGAGAAGUGUGGCAGCAGCCGGGUGAGGACGGUGUCCGGCAGUCGGCCCCCUCUGCUCUGCCGCCUGUCUGAGAACUCGGGGGAUGAAAGCAUGAGCGACGUGGCCUUUGACUCCCUGCCCUGCUCCCCUUCCUCAGCAACCCCUCACAGCCACAAGGUGGACAUGCUUAAUUGGCCUGUGUUCAAUGAAGUAGAUAACUUGGUUCACAAAGACUAUGAUCAGCUUGAUAACCAAAGGGAUUUUGAAAAUGGUGGAGACAGUGGAUACCCCAGUGAAAAGAGAAGUGAGAUGGAAGAUCUGGAUCAUAGAGAAAAGGGCCAUUCAAACAACAUCCGGAGACAGGAGUCUGAUGAAGACAGUUUGGGAAGCUCUGCAAGGAUCAGUGUGGAGAAAUGGAAUUUGUACAACUCUUCCAGAGUUCAUGUCCACAGACCAUCCUGUGUUGCCCAAGAAAUUCAGAGGCUCAAUGCACUAGAACUUGAAAAGAAAAUUGGGAAGUCAGUCCUUGGAAAGGUUCACUUGGCCAUGGUUCGCUACCACGAAGCCGGGCGUUUCUGCGGGAAGGACAAGGAGUGGGAUCAGGAGUCGGCCCUGUUUCACCUGGAACAUGCUGCAGACUGUGGGGAGCUGGAAGCCAUCGUUGGGUUAGGACUCAUGUGCUUUCAGCUGCCACAUCACAUUCUUUCUGAGGUCACUGUGGAGGACACAAAGGAGAACAGAAAUAAAGGAUUUAAUUACUUGCUGAGAGCAGCAGAAGCUGGAGACCGGCCUUCCAUGAUUCUGAUAGCACGAGCAUAUGAUACAGGUGUAAAUCUUGCUGCAGACAGAGCCCAGGACUGGAAGGAGGCCCUGCACUGGUACAACGCUGCACUGAACAUGACUGACUACGAUGAGGGAGGGGAGUAUGAUGGCACUCAGGAUGAGCCCCGCUAUCUGCUCCUGGCCAGGGAAGCAGAGAUGUUAAUGACAGGAGGGUUCCACCUGGAUAAGGAUCCACAGAGAUCAGGUGAGCUUUACACAGAAGCAGCAGAAGCAGCAAUGGAAGCCAUGAAAGGCAGACUGGCAAAUCAGUACUACCAAAAAGCAGAAGAGGCUUGGGCGAUGAUGGAAGAAUGAUGCUGAAAUUAAGCAGUUCUUGUAUAUAAAUUUUUUAUAAACUUGCUGCAUUUGCAGCUAAAAAGCUAUAUUUUUAUGUGAUGUUACCAGUUCCUUUUUUUGUAUUUCAGUUUUCUAAGGUUUUUUGAGGGGAGAAAUUCAAAUGUAACUAUGUAGGGUGCCAUAGCAUACUUCUGUUAGUGUUUUACAGCUGUAAUACAGACAUACUUGACCUUUUGUACUUUUUUAACUGUCAGAGGGCUUAGUUUUUUUGAUCAGAAAAAUGAAGCCUUAUUGUUUAGGUUUCACAUGUCCUGGUUUUUUUGCAGCAAAUGAUCAAUAUGUUUACAUUUUUAUUCUCCUCCCCAUGCACAGAAAAACAUUUUCCUAAAUUCUCAGCAUUUCUUCAUCAUUUUUGGUGUAACUCACCAAAUUUGCACGAGUGUAAAUUUUCAGUUUAUGGAUGCAACUGCUGAUAUUAAUAAGGAGUCCCAUUCUAUUAUGCUGGCAUUGUUGGACACUUCUGUUAUUCUCAGAUGAAUUCCAGAUACAAUCCUUACAGUUUAGGGAGGGGUGGGAAAGAUGCUUCAGAUUGGCAGUGAGGAUGUUCAGGAUGGAAAGUUUUAUUCAUCACCAGCAUUGCAUAUCACACCAUUAAAAAAAUCAUUCCUGAUGAGGCGAGGCAUCCAGCUACCUCUCUCAUUUUCACAUUUUGCACCAUAUAAUAGCUUAGUUGUAUAAAAUUCUAUUGAUCUUACAUUUGUCCAAUGCUGUACAGUAGCAAGAUCUGUAAUAUAUGGGUAAUUUGAAGUUAUUUUUACAGUGGCAUCUCAGUUCUCAGUGAAGCUAGAUCAUCUCACUUAAAAGGAGAAUAUGCUUUUCACCAUUUCCAGAGGGAUGUUUGAAAAGGUUAGAAAAUGUUAAUUUGCCUUUUAUAUGUACAGAAAACAAUUUAUAUGGUUUAAAUAUAUUUUAAAAUGGUAUUUUAUCUGAAAAUGGUUUCAAAUGUCAGUUAGAGGAAAAUUGCUGGUUAAAAGGGGAGAACAGUAUCAUCCCCAAACACUUGUAUCUGUGUCUGUUUGGUCCUGACCAGUAAUGGGAGGGCAACUAUGUGGUGGUGGUUGAAUUAUCAUUGCAUAGAGAGAAGUUUCUUCCAAAUCUGGUAUUUUAUUCCGUCUCUGUGGAUAAUACAAAAGCUGUUCCUAUUCCUUGGCUGUGGUUAACAGUAAUUUUGCAGGAGAUUUAAGGUGGAAGCUUCUGCUUCCUUGGCCUUACAGUCUCCUGAGGGUGUAAAUUGAUGUCCAUAAGGGGCAGCCCCUGUCAAGGGCUGAAUAACCAACAGUGCUCACCACUUCAGCCAAGCUGUUAAAAACAUGCUUAAAGCUAAGCAGGCUGUGAGAUGGUGCAGUUGAACAGGAUUUUUUGCAUGCAUAGCCCAGUAAUAUUAAUUUCUUGUAAAAUGCAGAAACUGCUCAAGGAGCAGAAGUCAGUCCUCCCUUUCCUGUGCAGUGCCACCCGCUGGGCUCAGGUUGUGCUCCCCGUUUUCUCUUUCUGGCAAGUGGAUCUUGAAUUACUGUUCAGACAGUAUCCAAGGAUGAUGUUAAUAACAACUGCCACUAUCUGAAAGAUCUCCUGCUGGCUAAGGGUGUGAGAUAACAAGAUUUGGACCUUUCAAGGAGAGAAGGGAGUUAUCUUUGGAUGUUAUGCUUCUGGGUGGGUGCUGUAACCACCAGGCAAUUGUAGCCAUGAGUAGUCUUGCAACACAUGGCAACAUCUUGCUGUACAUUGCAGGGCUUGUGGGGACAGUAGUGCCCACGGCCUUUUUAGUUUGUUUUUGUUUUGAGAGUGAAGGCAAAGCUCUUCACCCAUUGAUGGAGGAGUAUCGAAUUUCUAGAUCUCAGUUGGUCUUUGGUGGUAUUAACCAAGGUACUAAAGCAGCCGGAUCUUUGGACCUAAGAUGGUGAAAAAGAACCAGAGUUUGUAGGAUUGCAAAUCAGAUGAAUGUUUUAAGUGCCUAUCCAAAGUUCUGCUUCAGAUACUUAAAGCCUCUUUGGGACAUGGCCUUUUUUGCUGUUUCAGUUCAUAGCAUUAAAAUUCCAGCUGUGACUUCGAAAGACAGCUGAAUAGUCUGUGUUUUGUGCAGAACCAAUACAGUGUAGGCACUAUAAUGAAUUCAGACAAAAGGAUUUGUUUUCCUCAUAAGGUGUUGAUGCCAAGUCUUUGAGAUUUUCCUUGAGAAGGAAACGUGUGACAACACCACCAAUCAUGUAGGGAGGAGACUAAAAGUGCCCCUCUAAAAUGUGUGUGUAAGGGAUGUAGAGUGUAAUUAUUGACACAUUUUGGUGUAGUUUAAUUUGCUAAAUUCAGUAGUUGCUAAAGUUGCUGAGAGCUCUGUGUAGAUCUGGUAUGUAAAUGUGCACACAACUCAUUGCAAAAAUUACUAUGAUUAAAUCUUUGUUUGCAAAUACUACUUUUUAGUGAUGAAGACUACCUUCUGUCCUAAGAUGGUAUCAUAUGAUUUAGCCAUACAAUAAAUGGGAGUGUCAAUAAUAUGAAAUUUUUUUAUGUUUACAGAAAUAACUGUAUUCUGUGACAUUUUUGAAGGGAAAAACUAUAUAUUUGACAGACUUUUGGAGUGAUAUUGCUACAUGCUGUAUUUUUAAUCUAUUCACAAUGAAUAAAAAUCUGUAUUUGUACAAAAUGUGAAAAUAAAUCUGAGGCUCAGCCUCCCAGAACUUACCCGGGUUCAGUGUUUCCAGAUGUCAGUGGGAAUAUUGCUUGGGUAAGGACAGUGAGAUGGAAGCCUUUGUUUGUGUGUCAGACAUGCAAAUACUGCCUGCCUGCAUCACUUAGUCCUCUCGUUCACUUUGUCUGGUUUCAUUCUGGCUGGUCAAUAAAAUUGUUCUUUUUGUCACUUUU